AUGGAGAUGUGUUGGCGUGCAUCGACUCGAAGCGGAAAUCUGCGGGCUGGUGGUACAUUGAAGGCUGGUUGUGUAUCAACUCUCACUCGUUCGAAACUCGGACUUGCCAGACAUGCUCCUUGUAGGCCUCACGUUACCUCCAAAGGAUCAACUGCGGACCCCGACAUUCCUCCCGAUCGGGAACGGGUCGUGAUCCUGGGUUCCGGCUGGGGAGGAUAUACGCUCUCGCGUCGACUAUCGCCUUCGAAGUUCUACCGGACCGUCGUUUCCCCUCGCUCCUAUUUCGUUUUCACUCCGUUGAUGACAGAUGCCGCUGUUGGCUCUCUCAACUUCUCCGAGAUCGUGGAGCCGGUUCGUGACCGCAAGAGCCAAGUGCAUUAUAUCCAAGCCGCAGCGAGGAGCGUCGAUUUUCACAAGAAGGUAGUUACGGUGGAGGCAAGUGUUGUCAAGAGCGGAGUCACUGAAUCGCCGCGCGUGGAACAGGCCGAAAGGGGGGCUGACCAAGGGCCAGAAAUCGGCAAUCUCCGGGGAAAGGAGAAGCUACGGAAGUGGGAAUCAGGCCAGGUUUUUCAGGUACCGUACGAUAAAUUGGUCAUCGCUGUGGGCUGCGUUAGUCGUACAUUCAACACGCCAGGCGUCAGACAGAAUGCCAUGUUUUUCAAAGAUAUAGGGGAUGCGCGGCGGGUGAAAAGGCGAAUACGGGAGUGUUUCGAGCUGGCCGUCAUGCCCACGACAAGCCCUGAGAUGCAGAAGUAUCUGUUGCAUUUUGCCAUCGUUGGUGGUGGCCCGACGGGGACAGAAUUGGCUGCCGCAGUGUGCGAUUUCAUUCACGAGGAUAUGUUUAAGAUAUACCCAACGCUUAAAGACCAAGUCCGAAUAAGCCUAUAUGACGUGGCUCCACAGGUGUUGAACAUGUUUGAUCAGACAUUAUCAGAAUAUGCGAUGAAUGUUAUGCGCAGGGAAGGUGUGGACGUGAAGACCGAUCACCAUAUUGAAGAGCUUCGAUGGGGAGCACCGGGUCAAGAACAGCUUCCCGACAUGGACCCAAAGGGGUGCCUUACACUGAAAACCAAAGAAGAUGGGGAAGAAGGCGUUGGAAUAUGUGUCUGGGCGACGGGAAACGAAAUGAACAAGUUCGUCAAUGACUCGCUGGGGAGCCUCGAGCAAUUCCCGGCGUCUUCAGCGGUGAUCCAGCCUGGCCCAACCCCUUCGAAUGACGUGCAGUGUACUUCGUGGGCAAUAAAGAAAGCUCCUAAAAUCGGAGCACUUUUAGUGGACGACCACCUGCGCGUCCAACUCCAAUCUGAGGACGGGAGAACGGCCACGAUGCAAGAUGUAUUUGCUUUGGGGGAUAACUGCAUGUUAGAAAGCGGAUCGCCUCCAGCGACAGCCCAGGCUACGAACCAGGAAUCUGCAUGGCUUGCAAAGCGGCUCAACAAAGGAGAUAUUAACCGGGUCUCCGGGUUCCAGUUCAAAAACCUGGCGACCACCUGCCCGCGGGCAUCAAAGGUCGGACGGCGUGGUUGA